AUGGAAGGAGAAAAUUCUGUGGACAUAUAUGCAGAUUUGUUGGAAGACAACAUUCCUACAGAAACCCAAGAACCAGUGCCUCUUGAGAAGGUCCCUACAGUCACGUGCAGUGUAUCUGAGACUGCUGUUGGCUCUGUAGAUGAAUCAAGUCGACUUACAGCUUUGGACCUCUAUGAUGACUUGAUAACAGAUGAGGGUGUACAAAACCAAGUCUCAUUCCAAGAGUUGAGUGACCGGUAUCAGAGAGCUUUGAACACAGUCAGUGAUUUGGAGCAACAGCUACAGACAGCUAGGAAUCAUGAGAGAUUUUACUCAGAGAAGAGCAAGACACUGGAGAAAAAUAUCUCCCUGCUGUAUGUCACAGCGAAAGCAGAGUUACAGAGGAAAGACACACAGAUUGAGGAAUUAAGAGAGAAAUUGAAAUAUAGUAGUCUCAGAUGGAAGCCAGGCUGUUUUAGGUUUCACAGAAAGGAUUUUCUCUCAGAGGAAGGACAUGCAAGAAGUAAUGGACAUAGUGCAAGUAUUGGAACUAGUGAGAGAGACAUUCACCGGGAGUCAAAUAUUUCUCCAAGGAAGAGAAAGAUUGUGAGCUCAUGGGAUGACCUGAAAGAAAAUUUUAAAAGACAGAAGAGGGAUGAGCCUUGCUAUGUAGCAGUUGAUGCAAGUUCCUCAAAAGGAUUACAUAUUUACUCUGAAAAAUCCAGGGAUGGCUUAAUAUCUGCUAGAAAACUGGUGGAGAAAAGCAUAAAAGAUUUAAGAAAUAGAAGAUCCAAUGAGUAUAAAAGGUCCACAAAGGAACAGUCAGAAUCUGUGAUGGAAGGAGACCUUCCUGUAGAAGGUAACUGUAAUGUGAUCUCAAAGUCUGAUCCAUCUGGCAGUCUAACUACUUCACAGCGCAAUGAAAACAGAAGUGAAUCCAAAAAGAUGAGUGGAACUGAAGACAAUAAAAGUGUUCUCACUUUCAAAGGUUUAAUUGACAGCCACACAGAACAUGCAGAAGUGGAAAAAUCAAAGAGAGAAAAAUUAUCAAGUGAACAAGUAAUUGACAGUCACACAGAAGAGGUAAAAACACACGUUGAAAAAUUAUCAAGUGAAGAAGUGUGCCAAACUCCCGAUUCACCAAGUGGUGGAGUUGGUCAGUUAAUAUCAAAGGACAAGUACAAAGAACAUUCUCCAUGUAGAUCAAGGAAAGAAACAAGUAGUGUUAAAGACAAGCACAGAAUGUAUUCUGAGAAAAAGAAAUCUAGCAAGUCUGAGAGACCAAGUCAUGCAAGACGAAAAUUGGAUGAGAAAGAAAUUACUGCUACAAGCCAAAGUAAAGUUUCUAGUAUAAGUGCUGAUUCUUCCCGUAGACGAACAUCUGAGCAUUCAGGGAGAAAUUCCAGGAUUGUGAAAGACAAUGAACUCAAGAGGGAUACAGAAGAGAGAGCAAAGAGUAAUGAUUUGAGAUUUAAGCUACAACAGAAGAAAAGACUCAGAUCAAGUGAAAGGAGGCAGAAAACAUCACCAGACAAUAAAAAGAAAGAGAUUCCUACAGAACAAAAAGAUACAAAGAAUAUCAAGCGAUAUAAAUUGGACAGAACUGAAUCCGAACAAAAGGAUAAGUUUCUUGAAAGAUUUCCCAACAGGAAGCCAUCAUCACAAAAAUCUGAUGAGAUACAAGUGCAGGAAAAACCUCAGGACUCAACAUCAGAUAUUGAGAAGGUGUGGUCGUUGGUCAGUUCAGAAUCAUCAGAAUACUUACAAAAAUCUAGCAGUAAUAACUUCCAAAAUGUUUCAGAUAAAAAAGAAUCUGAGUCAACAGAUCAUAAAGCAGAGAGGUAUCCUGAUACAUCGUGGAAUAAAAAGAAACCUUUAACUCCGAAACAAAGCAGUAGACGUUUUGAUAAAGUGAAUAUUUCAGAGGUAUCAAAUGUUGAAGAAGCCAUGAUCAGAGUGAAUGAAGAGAAAAUUUCAAUGUAUAGUAAAGCAUCAAACAAGGAAGUAGAGGCAUUGUCAAACAAGCCUCUCAGUGCUUUGAAUAAAGAUAUUUCUCAGGCAGACAGAGAGGAUCCUACAGAGGGUCUUUCAUUGAAUAAAUCUCAGGGAGAAAAUAAUCCUGGUGAAAUAAUCCAGGCAAGUUCAGAAAAGAGAAACUCAAAAUUACCACCAAGAAGCCAAGACAAUAAAUAUUGUACUGCAGAUGGCAAAGAUGCAGCCAAUGUUUUCAUUGAAGAGUUGAUAUCAAUAGACCAAAGAAAUGAGAAUUUUUUCUCUGGUGAAAAAGAUCAUGAUCUUGGUGCCACACCAAGUAAAUCAGUUUCUCCAGAACAUAGUGUAGAAAAUGAAAGUAAAAAUGAGGAAUGUUACAAAAAAUCCUUAACAGAUGUGCAUGAAAGUAGUUUAAGCUGUUUUGAUAUUAAAAUCCAUGUGUCUGAAACAGAAUUGAAUGACUUGCUUGGAAAUGAAGAUAGCUUAAGUGGGGGUGUUAUGUCAAAACAACCUAGUCAUCAGAAAAAAGAAAUUGUAAAAGAUUUGAAGGUUUCAUCAAGAGAUCAGUCAAAAUAUUCAAGCCGUAUGGACGCUUCCAGGAAUAAUAAAAAUAAAAUUAAUACUACAGAAAAAGAAGGUAACAGGUCCUUAAGUCAAGGAAAUGAGCCUGGAAGAUCAAAGGCAGUUCUGAAGCUUCCACUUGGUCCAAAGCAGGUAUUUUCAGAGAGUAUUGUAUUUGAAAACACCCAAAAACCAAAAGUCUUGAGUGAGAAAGUAUUUACAUCGUGUAAAGGCACAAAAAUAGUAAUGAAAUCUGAAGCUUUGAAGGCAGAAGAAAAAAAACCUGUAUCUAAGAACAGUCUGUCCAAGAAAGAAUACGAUGCUGAUCGUGAAUUCCUCAAUCAAUUGAAGACAAAGUAUUCAAAAGAGCAAUCAAAGAUAUGCCAAAAAUCAAAAGAUGGAUUAAAAAAUAACCAACCAGAUACUGUUGAGCUAUCAAAGAUGUGUAUAAAACAGAAAGAUGACUUGAAAGUUAGCGAAGUUGAUACUGGCAGUGAAAUUAAAGAGAAAUCAGGGUUUCCAAAGAUCUACAGUGCAGGUAUUGUAGAAAAUACUGAGAAGCAUAGAGAUAGUGCUGAUAAAAUUAAAGACAGCAAGACUUCACUUAGCACAUGUACAUUUGAACAUCAAGAUCAAGGUCUUAAUCAGAAUAUAUUAAGUUCUAAUGAAAAAUGUGAAGAAGAGAACAAAAUUAUUUGUGAUGAGGAAAAUAUUUCAAACAAUGAGGGGGAUAAUAGUGUUGAAGAAGGAGUGGUUACAAAAGAGCAAAAUUGUACCAAAUCAAAAGAAAGCUUGAAUUUGGGGGAUAUUACUGAAACAUUAAAUGAAAAGUCGAUGGCUGAAGUAACUAAAUCAUUCUUAGGUGAGAACUCUAGUUCUACGAAAGCAAAUGAUCUGGAUAACAUUUCUCUGGAAAAUUAUAAGGCAAGUGAAAGUACUCCAAUUACAGGUAUGGGUAUUGAUGACCAUAGUUUCAGAGAGACAAUAAAGGAAAAGGCUGUUGCACUGGAACAUCCCCCAGUUUUGAGUUCUGCAGUGUCCAUUGAUUUCAUACGUAACAGCAUCAUAAAAAAGAUUGAAGAAAAGAGUCAAAUGUGUGAUGAUACCAGUACUGUAAGCAAAAGUGUAUCAUUUAUCACUAACAAAGUAACAGAUAAUGGAUUACAAGAACAAGCCCCUGAAAAAACUAUGCCUGUCGAAAAUUUAGUGAUUACAAAUACUGUGGAACUAAAUGAUAGUAAAGUGAGUCAGGAACAGGAUGUGAAAUCCUUUACAAUGCCAACUUCACCGGUCAGACAAAAAAUGGAUAACAUAUGCAGAGAAGUGCUCACAGAGACUGAAAGUAUUACUGAGUUUUUUGAUGACGAAAGUCAACUAGAUUUAAAAAGUGCUGUUUCUUUACGAGCUAAGGAUGGGAUCAAUGUAAGAAGACAGUCGUUCGAAAAACAAAAUGAAGAUAAAGAAUCUGAUGAAAAUAAUUGCUCACCAGUGGAGGAAAUGAACUUUGAUGUUGUUGAGGCAUUUGAAACAGAAAACAAUACUGGGACACCUUUAAGGGACAGUGAACCAGAAGAAGGUGAAGUACAUUCCUCAGAUAGUGAAAAUGAAGAUCAAAAAGGUAAGGAAAAAGUAAUGGGAGCGAAAAAAUUCAGAAGUCUUUCAAAUGCAAGUGAUAAAGAACCAGGCAGCAGAAACCGACAUUCUUCAAGUCACAGAUCAAAGUCAGAAUCAAAAGAGAAAUAUAAGAAGGACAGAGUCGAAGAUAACUCAAGAAGAUCUGGUUCUGAAGCAGAAAGGUCUCUGAAACCAAAAACACCAAGAAGAGACUCUGAAAGAAAAUACGACCCAAAGCAGGAUAGAAAAGACAGAGAAUCGAGGUCAAAAGAAAAGUCAUCCUCUUUUAGUAGCAGUAGAGAAAGAAAAAUUGAUGAUCGAAGGAGAGAAAAUGAUUCAAAACAUUUAAUAUCAGGUAGACACAGCAGGACAAGAGUGGAAGAAGUGAAUCGGCACAAAAGUUCGGAAACAAUUUCAGACAAACGUGAAAAAUCACGACGUGAUGCUACAGAGACAAAAGGAGAUCGACAUUCCAGAUCCCGCCAUAACAGUGUAGAAACAAAAUCAGACAGACAUCCCAGAAAGCUCCAUGACAGCUCAGAUACAAAGUCUAUGCAUAGGAGUUCAAGUAGAUUGUCUCGAGACAGCCAUAAAUCGUCAACAAAGAGAAAGUGAUUUUUCUUAAGAAAGUUCUGAGAUGUUAAUAUAUGUACAGAGAUUCACAUUGUAAAAUAUGUUUAUACUAAUAUUAUGUGUGAAAAAUAUUUUUGAUAAUAUUAUGUACUUGUGCACACUGAAAUCCAGUUAUGCAACAUUUAUCAGGACUUUUCAUGAAUUAUUAUAAUAUUUUCAAGCUCAGAAGUCAAUCAUCAAUCUGCAUAUCAUCAGUAUUCAUAACCAAUGAUAAUGAUUUUUUUCCUAUUCAAAGCAUUCGGUAUAAUUCUACUGAUGCGAAAUAAAAAUAAAGAUUUAAGAAAUA